UUGGCUGAACUUCCUCGUUCGCCUUGUCACCGAACAGUUUUCACUUCCUUGGUUGUUGUAGCACGUGGGAGAAUUUUUGCAGUAAGCAGAACCAUGGAGGAUCGAGAGCUGGACUUGACUGAGGAGCAGAAGGCUGUCAAAGCGAAGUAUCCCCGAAUUAAUAAGAAGUUCGAAUAUCUUGAUCACACAGCUGAUGUCCAAUUGCACUCCUGGGGUGAUACUCUGGAAGAAGCAUUUGAGCAAUGCGCCAUGGCAAUGUUUGGCUACAUGACUGAUAUAGAAACAGUGGAGCCUAUUGACACUGUACAGACUGAGUCUGAAGGUGAAGAUAUGCUUUCACUGCUUUUUCAUUUCUUGGAUGACUGGCUCUUUAAAUUUUGUGCGGAUCAGUUUUUCAUUCCUCGGGAAAUAAAGGUUCUACAGCUGGAUAGAAUAAAUUUCAAGAUCCGUUCUAUAGGAUGGGGGGAGGAAUUUAACUUAGCCAAGCAUCCACAAGGGACUGAAGUGAAAGCAAUCACAUAUUCAGCAAUGCAGAUUCAUGAAGACAUCAAGCCAGAGAUCUUUGUUAUACUAGACAUUUAAAAUGCAUUGUCAUAUUGGAGUGAGAAAUGAGGGGGAAAAUAUACUUCAUUAAGGACUGUAGUCAUUUAGCAUUCUCUCAAGUUGGUUUGUUAAUUAACCCUUGCGUCUGAGUUUGUUGAGAAAUUCAUACGUAAUUUAAAGACUCCAUUUAAAGUGGAAGUUGGAUUUUUAAUUAAUUAUAGCGCAUUGUCUUCAAAAUAAUGAAUGUGUACUCCUCCACUUUCUGGAGCAAAGCCAUAAGGUUGUUAAACUGGUGCUCUGCUGAUGUUCCAGUUUCUAUUCUGAAUUAUAGUUACUGUGAUUUUGUAGGGCCAGAUCUGUCUCUGGUUAUCUUCAUAAUGCAUUACUUCCCUGAUAUUAAAUAGAAUAAUGUGUUUAGCUCUUCUGAGCUUUACUGAAUCAUAAAAACAUUAUUUUAGAUUAAGCUUUUUUAAAAAGUUGAAAAUUUUGUGUUUAUUUAUUACACUGCUUAUUUUUUUGUCCUAUAAUGAUUAUAUAAAAAUAUAUUGAAAAACUCUUUUGUGAUACAACUGCCUUUUUUGCACUGAUGAAGAUCAAUGGGUGACUCUCAGAAAUAUUUUACUUUCAAACAACUGUUUCCUUCAAACCAUGGACAAAGACUGUUUCUUUUUUCUCUAAUGAUUAACGAAUAAAUUUAUUCAUUUAAUAAACAUAAGAAAAUUACAAUCUCCCAUUUGUAUGUUGACAUCAAAAAGCUAUUGUACUUGUACAGUUCUUGUCUCAUGAACUGGUUAAAAAAUGAACGCUCAAGAUAUGAGUCAUUAUUAAAGUAGCCUCUUAACAUUGUUAAUUUUUAUGUAUGUGAAUAUCAUAAACUCUUAAAUUACGUUUUUGAACAUACACGAUGGAUUGAGGUUUAUCUUUGGUGAGACAUACUAACUCUGGUAUUAGCAGUACAUUUUUUUUUCCUUAACUUGGACUCCUGUAGAUUACAUUAUAUUUAGUGUGCAGCUUAUUUUGCAGUGGUUUAUUGUGCAUUGCCUAUACACUUACUUUGCAUUUAUUUCAUUGCUAAAAUUUUAACUGUACAUUCACCCAAAAUAAUAAAAUAUUGGUGGAAGUAGUGUCAUGCUAAAGCCUUGGCAAAAACCCCAUAUGCCUUUUUUAUUUCAAAGAAAGGCAAGAUUUUUAACCUUACCUAUUUUUAGUUAUAUUUAAAUAAUUUGUGCUUGUAUUUAUUGUCCUUUCCGCAGAAGACAUGAUCUAACUUAUUUCUUUAUGGUAGUAUUUUAGAUCUAUUUAAUCUAAUUAUGCAGUAUGUACAUUAUUCCUAGUGAAAGCUGUAGCUAUCCUGGAUAACUUAUUUUCUUUAGUGUAAUUGCACUUUGAAGCUACUUUAUUUUAAUCUGUUUUGCUCUUUGAUUUUAAUGCACCAGAAGCAUUGAAAAACCUUAAUAUUAACUUUGUUAACCAGCAGAAGACAAAGUAUACAAAUUAGAGGUUAAUGCGCUACAUUUUAGAAGGUCAUCAGUGGAGUUACUCAGGGAUCUAACCUUGUUCUGCUGCUUUUUCUAAUUUAUAUCGGUGACAUCAAUUCUGGUUUAGUUGGUAAACUUGUGAAAUUCUAAGGUAAUAACUAAAGUUGGAGGGUUAGAAAAUACUAUGAAAGCAAUAAAAUCAUUCAAAAAAAGACAGAUAAUCUUCAAAACUGGUCAGACACUUGGAAAGUGCAGUUUAAUGUAAAGAAUUGCAACGUACUACUCGUGGGCAAAAGGAGUGUCAAUUAUAAAUACUAUAUGGUAGCCACUAUACUAGGGGAAGCAAUCCCUGAGACGGAUUUAGUGGUUUUCAAUGAAGCAUACUUUCUCAUCAUCUUAACAAUGUUCAGAACAAAUUAAAAAGGGUAAUAACAUGUUGGGUUACAGUUUUAAACUUGUUGAAGUUACACUUUCUAUUAAAAGUAUUUACCCCCUG